AUGACAUCGUCUUUACAACAAGAAAAGCCACAAUUUUAUGAUGCAAAAGACAUUAUUGUAAUUUUGGGAGCUGUAUCACAAGAGAUCACUCUUCUAGUUAAUGCUUUAGAAAUGAGUGAAAAAAAGCAGCUAUGGGGUAUUCCAUACUGGCAAGGCAAAUUACAUGGUCAAUAUGUCGUUAUUGCUAUCACUGGUAUUGGUAAAACUUAUACUGGUAUGACGAGUACUUUAUUCAUCAAAGAGUUUCAACCUCGUCUAGUAUUAAUGACCGGUACAGGUGCGCGUAUCAAUCCACAACUACGCACUGGUGACAUCAUCGUUGCCACGCAUACCUAUGAGCAUGAUUACGGUAGCCUUACUACAGACAAGGAUAUGGUUUAUCGUCCAAUGAACAGUCCAGAUGAUGGUAAAGAAGUAAUUAAUGAAUUUAAACCAAGUGCAGCAAUGCUAGCACUUGCUCAAAAAGCUAUUGAAAGCUAUCAACCACAAACAAUAAUCAUCGAUGAAAAUAUCUCGUAUGAAAAUAGUGUUCGUUUCGGUGUCAUUGCAUCGUCAGAUUUAUUUGGUGUACCGCAAGCACGCAUUGAUUUACUACGUAACCAGUUCAAAGUUGAUAUUAUGGAAAUGGAAUCAGGACCACUUGGUCACGUGUGUCAAACUUUUAGUGUACCGUAUUUAAUCGUACGUUCAGGCAGUAAUAUUGCACAAGAGGCACCCAACAAUGAUUACUUGCGUUUAAGCCCAAUUGCUGCUUUAGAAGGAGCAAAAUUUUUACUUCAUUUCAUUAAGUUUCUGAAUUAA